GAGGCUAGAGCGGCCGGCGGGAAGUGGCGGCUCAGGGCCCAGCUUCCCCUCCCCAGCCCGCGCUCUCUGUCUGUGCGCCUGUGAGGAGACGGCCCGGGCGGAGAGAGCAGGAGCAUCUCGAGGCAGUAAACAUAGGGCUUCUGGCUGGUGGCAGAUUGCACCGGAAGCAGUAGAUGCAAACUUCCCCUUUGGCUCUGGACCCCAUUCCUGAGCUGCCCACAAAUCCUUGGAGGCUUGGCUGAGGCGGCCAACAGGUGUUUCUACUCCAAUUCCUGCAAGAUGCCAGCAGCAAUUGUGGAGAACAGUCAGGUUAUCUGUGAAGUAUGGGCAAACAAUCUGGAAGAAGAAAUGAGGAAAAUUCGAGAAAUAGUUCUCAGCUACAGCUACAUCGCAAUGGAUACAGAGUUUCCUGGAGUCGUAGUAAGGCCAAUUGGUGAAUUCCGUAGCUCCAUAGAUUAUCAGUAUCAACUUCUUCGGUGUAAUGUUGAUCUUCUGAAAAUCAUCCAGCUGGGCCUAACUUUCACAAAUGAGAAGGGGGAAUAUCCUUCUGGGAUCAACACCUGGCAGUUUAACUUCAAAUUCAACCUUACGGAGGACAUGUACUCCCAGGAUUCCAUAGACCUGCUUGCAAACUCUGGGCUGCAGUUCCAGAAGCAUGAGGAUGACGGGAUCGAUACCUUGCACUUUGCAGAGUUGCUCAUGACCUCAGGGGUGGUCCUCUGCGACAAUGUGAAAUGGCUCUCAUUUCACAGUGGCUAUGACUUUGGCUACAUGGUGAAACUGCUGACGGACUCCAGGCUUCCAGAGGAGGAACACGAGUUCUUCCAUAUCUUGAACCUCUUCUUCCCAUCCAUCUAUGAUGUCAAAUACCUAAUGAAGAGCUGCAAAAACCUUAAGGGAGGCCUUCAAGAAGUUGCAGAUCAGCUGGAUUUGCAACGAAUUGGACGACAGCAUCAGGCAGGAUCAGACUCUCUGCUCACAGGAAUGGCAUUCUUCCGAAUGAAAGAGUUGUUCUUUGAGGACACGAUUGAUGAUGCAAAGUACUGUGGGCGGUUAUAUGGCCUUGGCACAGGAGUGGCACAGAAACAGAAUGAGGAUGUGGACACAGCCCAAGAGAAGAUGAGCAUCUUGGCUAUUAUCAACAACUUGCAGCAGUGAUAACUGGGUACCACUCGGCAAGAUAUGGUCCCAGAGUGGCAGCUGCAGUCCUAAACUGUUUCCAGCAGUCUCUCUCAUACAAAUGACGUCCAACAGUAUGCAUUUGGCAUGAGGACUAGAGAUUUGCUGAAGACAAAAGAUGCUCCUCGUUUCGGUUCAAACUUAGAAGGGGUUUAUAACAAUGGCAGCAUUGGUGACUUGCCAUCUUUUUAGUACCAAGGACAAGAGACACACAAUUAAUGUAUAUACCUCUGUUUUCUUCCUUUUAAAAUAUACUGAAUCUGCAAGGAAGACUUUACUCCAGAACGUUCAGCAGAACUGAGGUUCUGAAAUGCCAGUGAAAUCAGAGAGACAAACGCAUUUGCAGAUUGUGCUUUAAGAAGCUUAUUUUAAAUUUUUUUGUUGGCUGUAAGGAUGACAUCUGCUCCUCAUCCUUUGCUUGUUUUUAUCUUUGCGUAUUCUGUAGAAACGACCCACUCGUUCAUGGCAGAGUUUUGGGACAGGAUAAUGUAAGAGACUUUCUCUGGAGCUAAAACAUUCAAAUAGAUCUGUCUUGGUAACUGUCAGACAUGGUGUACUUGGAGCUGAGGGGACCACCUUCGUAGCUUCUAAUUCAGUACAAUUUCCCACUUUCUUUAGGACUGUUGUGCCAGAGAGGUGUGUCACACCUGUAAGACUCAUCUAUCUUCUCAUAGGUAUUAAUACAAUAAACUGUUCUGCAAUCGUUUAAAUGGCCUAGAAGUUUGCCUUUUCUAGAAGAGAUUUGUAACAGUUUGGACCAAAAUUGAUGUUGACUUCAGCUACUUGGUAUUACCUGAUAAUGUGGAAGAUUUUACCCUUUUCAUUACAGCAUGAGCAAGUUUAGUAGGUGCAUAAAUGUGUAAAAAGUGGCUCUAGUUUUAUAUUUUAGUGAUUUAACAGCCUGUCAAAGCAAUUGGAUUUCCCUUUUAUAGAGAUAAUAUCCCAAGGGUGGGAAGCUCACAAUUCUGUCUUUUUAAAAAAUUAGAUAUUCUAAAAGUACACGCCUAUAUUUUUGAACAGCUUGGAAAUAUGUUUAAAAGAAAACCCAAAACUUUUGUCCAGAGCAAAUUAAAACUAUUUCUGAGUCUUGCAUUUUAACAAGCUUAUAAAAAUUCUUGAUUUUUUUGCAAUGAUUAAAAUGUUAUAAGCUGGUAUUUAAAAUGCGUGUAAAUACUAUUGAUGUUUUUAAUUUUGUAAAAUAAAGAUUUUUUUUUUAAACCAG